AUGGAGGGUCACGUCCACAGUCAUGCCCACCGCCAUCUCCAUGGCAGUGGGUAUCGCCUGAGCCCAAGGAUACCGUCGAGACAGAGCGAGAAUGUCAUUCACUUGGGAGAAAGAGCCACGGCCGUUGAGGGGAGCUCGCUCACGGGCACUGUCUCGUCGAGUCUUUUCCGCAGGUCUGACUGCAAAGCUGGGGAUAACUCAGCUCAGUGUGAGAAACCCGCUGGUGGAACAUCGCUGACCAUCCCGAUUACCCUGGCAGUCGUUAUCCCGAUUGUCAUUGCAUUCUGCGUCCUGGUAUACCUACACCGCCGGACCUCCAAGAGACAUAAGCAGGAAGAUGAGGAUGCCAAGUACAAGUCCAUGGACUUUGGAUUGGGCGAUGCACCAACAGGAAAAGGGAAGCGGAAGAGUAAGCUCUUCGGAGGUGAGAAGGAGGCUAGCCACACCAAGGGACUCUCGAUGGAUAUGAACCUGUCAAGCCCGUACCUGCUGCCGCCACACAUUCAGCAGUCCCGCGAAUCUCUCAACUCUUUGGCCAGGACUCUGCACCAGAAUGAGGACCCGUACCGACACGUUGACUCAUUCGUGGGCAGCGAUGCAGCUUCCAUGCGGUCAUUCCCUAGAGGUGCUGACAAACGUGCUUCGAUCUACACACAACAGACCAACAUGAGCGGUGGACGCUCAACGCCUAGGAUCCAGUCACUUCACAACCUUCCUCCACGACAGAACUCGCUCCCAACCGCUCCUCUCCCUCCAAUUCCUGCAGCUGCCAAGGAAGCUCCUCGUCAUGAGGUCAAGGAGGUCGUUCCGCCUCAGUCCGCCCCUCCGAUGAAGAGUGAAUUCCGCUUCACUGACGACGAGACCCCCUUGCCUCAGGUGGGCGGCGAACAUGUCGCUAUGCCUGCCAUGCCAGAAGUACAGGAACCCGCGCCCGUUGCCCAGAGAGAAGCUCCACAGAGUGUUCGCCCAACGUCAUACGAGUCCAUCAAGGCAGACCAGUCCUACGUUGGUGGGCUAGUCGGCGAUAGGGACUCGUCAGCUCUGCCGGCUGCGGAUCUCUAUCACAACAGCGCCAAUGGCCUGGGCAUCAUGGAUGUGAACCCGCCUCAGGCGUCUGUUGUCGAUGAUGCACCUGUCAGCCUCCGACCAGGACAAAAGGAAGCUAAUGUACGAGUCUCGGAUGUGCCUUCUGAAUACGAGGACUAUGCCAAUGGCGGCCAUGCAGGUCAAAUGGAGCCAUACGCUGCUGCUAUGGAACAGGAGCACCCCCAUUCAGCUGGUCUCGGUGUUCCGCAGCAAGACAACAAGCGUCUGUCGGUUGGAUUCCGCCCACUGCCGCCAGAUGAUUACCUUGAAUCCGAAGACCCCGAGUUCAGGGCUAACCGAAUUCGAUCAUUCUACAAGGAGUACUUUGACGAUGGCAGCAAAGAGCCAAGACCACCGAUGCCACAGCCUCAGAGUGCUCAGUAUUAUGAGGACUACGACCCCGGCUACCUCGGAGAAACGGCCUACUUCGACCCAGAUUCCAAUGCAUUCGUCAUGCCCUAUGCCCAGCCGGUUACCCGCCGUGCUAUGACACCACCGCCCAACAACAGGAGACCUAUGCCAGGACCUGGACCCAGGCAGCGAGGACCGCCCGGACCUCGUGGCAUGGGCCCCCCGGGACCCCGUCCUAGAGCCGGAUCUACCAUGUCAGGAGGACGAUUCGGACCUGCAAGUCCCCGGCCCGGCUCUUCAGCCUCCGCACGCAUGGGUGGACGUCCCGGACCCAAGAAGCCCAUGGCUCCCUUGGCUGCGCUUCCCACGCUUCCCACCCCCUCCAAACUGAGGGACGACUCUUUCGCCAUCAUCAACGCGGCUGAUUUUGCUCCUCCCCCAUCAUUCAAGGAUCAAGCUCGUGGCCGCUCGCAGAGCCCGUUAGGUGAACGACUUCCUUACGCAGUCAAUGUCCCAGCUGUAUCACCACUGGUGAGCUCCUUCGAUGAUAUGUCAUCACUGCCCAGCCCGCACUUGCUACGCAAAUCAAGCACAUUCACCGGUCUUGACUUUGCCCCACCGCGCAGGUUCAAGGACCCCGACUCCAUGAGUGAUGCUGGUAGCGUCCGCAGCAUGGGUAGCGGCAUCUCGGCCAUGAACAACAAUGCUCUUCGCGCCGGUGCCGGGCGCAUAAGUCGUCUGCCCGGUGACCAGGUCUUCACGGCGGCAUCCACGGAGAACCAGCUCAAGCCGAAGUGGGGAAUGCGAGACUAA